AUGGCAAUCCGCGAUGGGGAAAAAUCUUCAGAACGUACCUCUCCGUUAGAUCGGGGCAUGGAUUUGGAUCAUCCUGGAUCCUCGAAGGAAAAGCAACAUAUUUCAUCCAUUGGGCCGGCAAUAGAGCCAGAUGUUAGUAGGGAAUCGAAAAUCGCCAAUAAGGAUCACAAGACCGCCCUUCCUCCCAAAAGCUCUUCGCGUGCUUCCACGAGCCCGUCUUCUCCUCCCGGACCACCUGUGCAAGGAAAGCGAAAUAAAAGAAAAAAUUCGCCGGGAGACCAAAAAGAACUCUCCGAACUUUACGAGGCAUCCAUUCCACUCCUGAGUCUAAGGGAAUGGAUCUUUCCAGGCGACAAGCAGGUUUCUAUCACCGAAGGCAAAGAAAAAGCUAUUGAAAAUACAGAGAAGCUCAAAUUGACUACUUCAAAAGAAACUGUAGAUUAUACCGAUGUAAUGAAUGCCAACGAUAUUUCCAACAUCAAAGGCAAGACGAAAGCUGCUAAGAAUCGAACUGGGAAAAAGGAACCACAAACUAGACCCAAAAGAAAAGAAAACCGGCUCACAGCAGUGCCCCAGAAAAAUAACAGAGUAAGAGUAUCGCCGGAGCUGUUGCUUGCAGAAGAGAAAAUGCGCCGCUCAUUCUAUGAGCCGUAUGACAACAAAAUAUGGGGAUGGAUUUUUGGAGGCACAGUCUAUUAUAUGCAGGAAAAUCAUCAGGCUUGGAAAUAUGAAGAGAAGUCCAGUACCUCUAAAUUUGCCGUCAAACUCGCUUCAGAAAUAUCCAAAACGAUAAAUCAAGGCAAUCAUCCUGGAGUCGAUACGAUUAGCAAGAGCGAACUCAAUCAGAAUGCUUUAAACUUUGCCGAGCUAAUGUUGUCGAUCAACUUGAGAGUGCUUUGGGCAUUUGAUGCGACUCUAAUAGACAAAGAGUAUCUUGCGGAGCAUAAUUUAAUACAACAGUGGCUCCUUGGUAUCCUUAGUCAACAACGAAGCCAGUCUGCGGGCUCUAGUUCUAAAACGAUAAGCGUCGAAAUAUUUCCCGAACUUACACUAGAAAAGGUAGUAGACAAUUUUGUUGGAGUACUCAGUUCCAAGAAGUCCGAUAUCCUGGUACAUCGCUUGGUCAAGUUGCAUGAUUCUGGGCCUAUCUUCUUGGGAGUUGCGUCUGAAAGCCAAUUAAAGAUGACCAAGUCAAUAGUCACUCUGCUUGCUUCCUACUAUAAAUUGAUGAACUCAGCAAAGUGGAGCGCAUUAUUUAAAGAUCACGGCGCUUACUUGGGACACAUUUCAAAAAUUCAAACCGAGCAUUAUAACUGUCACUCUCAAAGAAUAGCAACCCCGAAGAGUUUCAUGGUGGCCAUGAAGCUGCUGCCGUGGAAAGACAAGAUGGAAAAAAUUGAUCAAAGCACCAGGAAGGCAUUGAUAACGAGCAUGCGUGUGUCCACGAGUUCUAAGAGGGAUGAUAGGGUCCAGCCGUUUGAUACUGGAAGGCCAGCCAUCGUAGGUGACGAAGUAUGGGCCUCAAUCUCAUUGAUCGAAAGGGAAGAAUGGUGCAUAAUCAAAGCCGAUUUCAAGCAACUCAAUCUAGCCCACAGCAGAUAUCAACCAGACAAGAACCAGUACUUAAGUCCAGCAUUAAAGCAGUACGUCUCUCAUCAGAGGAAUUUGGCGGGGGUAGAAUAUUUGGUGAGGUUGCUCUGGGUUCUCAAUUCAAGAAUGAUCGAAGUAUUAGGUUAUCAUCUCAGAGACCCAGAAUAUUAUGAAGAACAAGACCAUAUCCAACGAGAAAUGUUUGGAAUUCUUAAUGAACCUACAAAUCAGGAAGGAUUACUUGAAGCCUUAAAAGAGAAAGCUCAAACCAAAGCCAAGAAGAACCAAGCCAAACCACCGGAAGAAACACCUGAACCAAAAGACGAUUCUCGAUCGAGUCAAGAGGAAUUAGUUGCCAAUUUGAUCUUUUCUGGACUAAGGAAUAAGGAAACUCAACGAAGAUAUGAAACCACUUUUAGGACGAUAGAGAGAGUAUCCAGAUAUGAGAUCAAGAUGACCCAAGCAGUGCUUGGGAUGAUCAAAUACCAUUACAAGAAGAAAAACAUAGUGAAAUGGUACAAUAUGUUCAAGGACGACGCUGGUUUUAUGCUUGGAUUCGAGAAAUUGGCGGUAAGACUCCGAAAUCCACACACUUAUCGAGAAUUUGUUGAUGUCAGCAUGCCAUCAAUGAGGGGAAUGCAACUAUUGCCCUGGGAAAGCACGAUGUUUUCGACUGGUGCCCAGAGACUUACUGCAAGCUUUUUGUUAAGAAGAAAGCAGCACUUAUAACUUGACUUUUUUCUUCUUCUAUAAAUUA